AUGGAUGAUCAGUCCAGGAUGUUGCAGACUCUGGCCGGCGUGAACCUGGCUGGCCACUCGGUGCAGGGGGGCAUGGCUCUGCCUCCUCCCCACGGACACGAAGGGGCAGACGGCGACGGCAGAAAGCAGGACAUCGGGGACAUCCUCCAUCAGAUCAUGACCAUCACUGACCAAAGCCUGGAUGAGGCACAAGCAAAGAAGCACGCACUGAACUGCCACCGCAUGAAGCCCGCGCUGUUCAGUGUCCUCUGCGAGAUCAAGGAGAAAACAGGUUUGAGCAUCCGAGGAGCCCAGGAGGAAGACCCUCCCGAUCCCCAGCUAAUGAGACUAGACAAUAUGCUUCUGGCAGAAGGAGUCUCAGGUCCGGAGAAAGGUGGGGGAUCGGCGGCAGCAGCUGCAGCCGCAGCAGCCUCUGGAGGGUCUUCAGAUAACUCUAUUGAACACUCAGAUUACAGAGCCAAAUUGACCCAGAUCAGACAAAUCUAUCACACAGAGCUGGAGAAAUAUGAACAGGCGUGCAACGAGUUUACUACACACGUGAUGAACCUUCUCAGAGAGCAGAGUCGGACACGUCCCAUUUCUCCCAAGGAGAUUGAGAGGAUGGUGGGCAUCAUUCAUCGAAAAUUCAGCUCCAUCCAGAUGCAGCUCAAACAAAGUACUUGCGAAGCAGUAAUGAUUUUAAGAUCAAGGUUCCUCGAUGCCAGAAGGAAAAGGCGUAACUUCAGUAAACAAGCCACAGAAAUCUUGAAUGAGUAUUUUUACUCCCACCUCAGUAACCCUUACCCCAGUGAAGAAGCCAAAGAAGAGCUGGCAAAGAAGUGCAGCAUCACGGUAUCGCAGGUGUCCAACUGGUUUGGCAAUAAGAGAAUCAGGUACAAGAAGAACAUAGGGAAGUUCCAGGAAGAAGCCAACCUCUACGCGGCCAAGACGGCCGUGACCGCCGCGCACGCCGUGGCCGCAGCCGUCCAGAACAACCAGACCAACUCCCCCACCACACCAAACUCCGGUUCUUCUGGUUCUUUUAACCUCCCAAAUUCUGGGGACAUGUUCAUGAACAUGCAGAGUCUGAAUGGGGAUUCUUACCAGGGGUCCCAAGUCGGAGCCAAUGUGCAGUCACAGGUGGAUACCCUGCGUCAUGUUAUCAAUCAGACGGGAGGAUACAAUGAUGGCUUGGGAGGAAAUUCACUGUACAGUCCACAUAAUUUAAAUAGAAUGAAUUCACUUUCAAGAGACCAUCUCUCCCGUCCCGGGGAUUUCUCUAGUGUUUCACGACCCCCUGUCGAUUAGGGCAGCGGGUGCGGAGCAGCAUCAGGAACCUGCAGGAAAGAAUAGCUGCUGCAGGAACGCAGAGACCGAAUGUGAAAUACUGCAGCCAGAGAGAAUGGGAGAUUUUCCCCCUUUUUAGGAUUUCCACUUGCCAUGAGAGUAAAUAUUAAUGAUUUAAAAUGUGAUUGAAGAUGUUCAAUUGUAAAGGGAAAAAAGUACCAUUAAAUACUCAAAUCUUUUACAUUUGAAAUGUCAAAUCUUUCUUUUUGGGUUUAUAAAUAACUCAUAAUAACCCACAACAAACCAUAUAAAAAGCCUUUUAGUUGCAUUUCUCCUUUUUCAUUUAAGUGUUUUGAAAUGCUUCAGAGAAUUUGCGAUAUCCUUAUCAACAUGAUAAAAUAUGAAACUGUGAUUGCCUGCAGCAUUUUACAGACAUGAAUUCCAUCUUCACUGAUGAGGCCUGAUAAGGCGCUGUUGUAUAAUACAGUGCAUAAUCUCAAACCACCAGAGUAAGGAUUAAUUUAUUUGAAAAAAAGAAUGCUUGCUGACAACCUCUCCUCCAGCUGCCAAGCUGGGUAAAAAUAUUGUACAUUUGUUGUUUAUAAAUUUGGAUAAAAGAGGAAUGAUGUUUACUUCAGAUGGAAUAUCUUUAGACUCAUAUCUGCACAAGAGUUUUUCUUUCUCUAAGUAGAUUUUCAUAUCUUCAAGAAAUAAAAAGCAGUGCUACCUCUGCAUUCAGAGUGGGAUUUUGUACAUUUCCAAUCUGUAUCUGAACUGCUGAGUAUUUUAAACCAUGUGUUAAGUUUUCAGUCUUAGUGUGAUUGCAGGUUGGUAUUUCCAUUAAUAUUACUUACGAGAAACCGAAACCAAACCUUUGAAUCUGUCAUGAUAAGAGCUUCUCGCUUUGCUGUUUUUCAUCUGCAAAGGAGAUAAUUAUUUAGGCUUCCUUUCUCUUCCCGCUCGAGCCAUAAAGCACUCGCUUUUAUCGCGAAGGAGGAACAAAUUUCACGGGUGAAAUCUGGCAAGGUGUUGGGAGGGGGGGAUUUUCGGGGACGGCGUGCUGGGGAAGGGUGAGAGCCUGCGGGUUUAGCACGGCCGGGCGCUGCGCAUCGCUCGCCCCCGCUUCGCCUUUCCGGAGGGCGAGCGUCAUCGAGGAGCCAGAGCUGCAGUUCUAGCCGAGGGGCCGGGGCGAGGCCGCCCGAUCGCUUCGGUAACGAAGCCCGUUGUACGUACAUUAGCAUACGGUAACCUUUCCUCCGCGGACGGCCCUCGGCUGCGCGGCGGCCAGGCGCUCUCCCGCGGCCGCCCCGUCACUUCCACUCAGCGUCCCCCAACUCACGAGCCCGCGCCGCCCUCUUCUUGACUGACAUAAAAAUAUGUAGCGACAAGCUGUCUGCCACGGCAGAAAUUUGAUCAGACAUUGAUUUCAGCAAUUGCCUCUAUAGGCCGAGACAUAAGGCAAAUUUGUUUCGGAGCGCUGUUACUGCUGAUGCAGGUCUAAUGCGGAAAGGGCCGGCGGCGUGCGGGGACAGGGAGCAACAUCCGAAAUGGAGGCUGCGCUUGCGGAUAAUUGGAAAACCGACCCGAGCAGUCCCUUUCCUCCCCGCAUUCCUGUAUUUUUAGGCUGGUGGGACCCGAAUUCGGCAGGUGAAACUUGCUCCGUGAACAGCUCUGCUGGGGGGCGAAAGGCAGUUGGGAACUUCUGGACGUGAAACGGAGAAAAGUGGGGUAAAAUAUUGAUUUCCCAGAGUCAUCUCUCAGGGGAAAAAGCUUUAGGUAUUGGCUGUUAGAGGAUGUUCUCCAUUAAAGUGUGGAUGAUCUUCACAGAAAUCCCAGAGUCAUAAUUACCGCUAACAGCUGCCUGAAGGACUUCUGCUUUCCUAACUGGCUCCUCCGCUCACGGACCCGCUCUAUCCGCAAAGGGUGCUUUCGGCGUCUCUUGUCAUGUGCGCUCGCUCGUUCUUCCCGCAAACGUUGCAGCCGGAGGGAGUUUAGGGAAAUCUCUUUCCCAGAGCAUCUCCUCCCAAGCACCGGCUCUGCCAGGCUGCUGCUUUGAGUGUGCGAUAUAAUUAAUACGCAUAAUGCUGUCAAUUGAAUUGUUUUUCCCUUUUCAGGCUAAUGGAGGCUGGCAGGACGCAACUACUCCA